UUUGUAACCAAACGCCCCUCUCUUUCUUCUUCAAAAAGGGGGAGACAAGACUCCGACUUUGCCAUUUGCUGAGGGGAGAGAGAGAGAAGUGAGAGAGAGAGAGAGAGAGAGAGAGGGAGAGAGAGAAGAGAGAUUGAGGCCGAGAUUGAAAGCUCUCACGAGAUCGGCGAUGGCUUCCACCAAGGAAAGAGAAAACUUCGUCUACAUCGCCAAGCUUGCCGAGCAGGCUGAGCGCUAUGACGAAAUGGUGGAUGCGAUGAAGAAGGUAGCGAAGCUGGACGUAGAACUGACAAUUGAGGAGCGAAAUCUACUAUCGGUUGGGUACAAGAAUGUGAUCGGCUCUAGGAGGGCUUCGUGGAGAAUACUGUCUUCGAUCGAGCAGAAGGAAGAAGCUAAAGGGAACGAACAGAAUGUGAAACGCAUCAAGGAGUACCGGAACAAGGUUGAAUCCGAGCUUUCCAGUAUUUGCAGCGACAUUAUGAGCGUCAUCGAUGAGCAUCUCAUUCCUUCGUGCUCCGCCGGAGAAUCAACCGUCUUCUUCUACAAAAUGAAAGGAGAUUAUUAUCGGUACUUGGCUGAGUUUAAGAGUGGUGAAGAAAGGAAAGAGGCUGCCGAUCAGUCAAUGAAAGCCUACGAGACAGCUUCUAGUACAGCAGAGGCUGAAUUACCUCCUACCCAUCCCAUCAGACUUGGCUUGGCCCUGAACUUCUCUGUAUUUUAUUAUGAAAUCCUGAACUCGCCUGAAAGGGCCUGUCAUCUUGCAAAGCAAGCUUUUGAUGAAGCAAUCUCAGAGUUGGAUACUUUGAGUGAGGAAUCUUACAAAGACAGCACAUUGAUCAUGCAGCUUUUGAGGGACAACCUCACAUUGUGGACCUCGGACAUUCCAGAGGAUGGGGCAGAAGAUGCACAGAAGAUUGACAGCUCUGCUAGAGCUGGAGUGGCUGAAGACGCUGAGUGAAAGUGAAGCAGAGUAAGGGUUGUGGGGGCCUGCAAAAUAUACACACAGGAAGUUAAUGCCUCCAGAGCAAAAAAGAGCGUUAAUGCCUGGUCAACUCUAGGGUUUUUAUUUCUAUUUUAAUUUUAAUUUUCUUAUUUAUCAAUUAAUUUGUUGUUGUUGUGUGGGUUGUAACGCUGUUGAUUGUUAGUUUGAACUUUCUUUAAUACAUAUUUUGCACCCCAAUGCCAUUUCAUGCUGCUGACCUACCGUAUCGUUGAGGUUUCUUUGGAAGGUGCCCUUUCCCUUUGUAUCCAUUCUAUGUUUUGUUAAAAAUGUGACACCAUUUAGAUGGAGCCUGUUGCUAUUAAUUUAGCACCUUUCAUAUCUCUUAUUGCAUAUGUUGCCAAUGUUUCA